AGUACUGCUUCAAUACAUAUCAUUCAAUCACCAUUCUAUCAGCAUUCAUUGCGACGAGACUGACUACUUACUUGCCCACUUACUUCACACCUCUAUUCUAUUAUUCCCCGGUACUCUUGUACACCAUCUCGCAUCGGUGUCCACCUCCCACCCACCUCCUCAUCGCUGAGGUUCACCUCCCUCGGAUGGACUAUCCUCAUGCCCACCAACGGGCCGCAACCGUGGCGAGCCUGAUCCGGAGAUGAAGGCUGGCAUGCCGGGGGACUGACUUGAAGGCAUCCAUUCUCCAUCCACCUCCGCGCCUUUGGAGCGCUCCGCUCUCCAGAUGACACCAGCCCCGCAACUCACCGUUGUCCCCGCCCAUUCACAGCAUGGCACGCCCUCCCAACUCGAUGGGAGCGUCGCAACCGACCAUCCCAAUGCCCUCAUGCCGCCCCCCUCGAGAAGUGGCGCGCGAGACGCCCGCUCCAUGUCGUCCUCGUCCGCCCAGCCGUCGUUCCGCACCGGAGCCAGCUAUGCGACCGGCCCGCCACCUGGCAGCUUCAGUUCGGAGCUCCGCACCAUGACGAUGCGAAGCGAGACCCCGCGACCGACCUUCAGCGCCCAAGACGGCUUUUUGGGGGAAUUGGCGCGUACGACCUCCGAGCAGCGGCAGGCGGACCUGCGGGACCAGAUCGUCAAAGAGGAGAAGAUCAAGACCGGGUCGGAGAAUUUGUUGGAGGCAUUGAACAGCAAGAGCGCGAAGCAGAGCGCAAAGCAGAGCAAGGAUCAGAAGAAGAGGGUGGAGGCGGAAUUGAACACCGCGAAUCGAAAACUGGCGGCGCUGCGACAGGGCCUGGAGGACGAGAUUGCCCGGAAUAAAGAGGAGGCGGCGGUCGCAUCGGGGAUGAGCCCGAAACCAGGAAAGGGACGGUUGAGCUUUCUGUUUCGCGCCAACGAAGCAUCGCCGACGACACCAGAUGUUGACGACGGAGAGAGCGAGACCGAAAGCCCGACGUUCGUGCUAGCGGAGAUAUUACAGGCCUUGGAAGCCGAAGGCAUGUUACCGGAGUAUUACGUGGAAUACGCGAAUAGGCUGGUCGAGCUGUUCAAGCGAAAUCCGACGCUAAAGUUCGACUUGGCCUGGCCGAUAUUCGCCAUGCGCGUACAGACGAUGCUGCUAAGCGACAGCCGGGAAGUCGUCGCGGCGGGUUAUCGUGUUCUGCGAUAUGUCAUGACCGACCGACGCUCAUUGCAGACCAUUCGCGCCCACCAAACCGAUUACCUGGUCAUUGUUUCGCUGGUCAAGCAGACGAGGGCGUCCGUGGAGCGAGAACAAGCGCUCAAAUUCGUUCGCGCGUUCUUGGAAGUCAAAGAUGGGGUGAAAGAGAUCUCGCGUUCCAUCGUGCGCAUUCUGGUCGCCAUCGCGGAGCACACAGAAGAUCGCCUUCGAAACAUCGCCAUUCUCACCCUCUCCGAAAUUCUCAUUCGAGAUCCUGUUCUUCUGAAAGCCGCUGGCGGACUCGGGGCGCUCACCGAUGCACUGGGAGAAGGGGUCUACCUUGCCGCCGAGAGCGUCGCUGUCUCGUUUCUCUACCUGCUAGAUCUACCCAGCCGACGAAAGCACCUUACCCACGGCCGCGAAAUCGAGCUCGCAUUCGCAUCAUUCACCGAGAUACCCAUGAAUGUUACCCAUCACGAAGAGAAGCUGAAAGCGAACGUAAAAGUCAUUUCCGCGUUGUUGAAAAGCUGGUCUGGGUUGUUGACAUUGUGUAUGGACGAUUUUAUGGCGACUCGAUCGCUCGUCGCUUCGCUAUUUAUCCCGAUGCCGCAUUUACGAAAUAUUGUCCUGGAGUUGUUCAUUGAUUUGUUGCGGAUUAAGCCACCGGCUUUCGCGUCGUCCUUCUUGGCCGGGAGGAGACUAACCACCUACCAACGAGUCACAAGACUCAAAUCAACUGCUGGGACCACUACCGAUUCCAAAGCUCCUGGCGAGACGGACGAUGAUGUCGAUCAAAUGAGUCUGGUCGAGCAUUACACGGCGGUUCUCCUUGCCGUUUUCAUACACUCCGGUCUGGUCGAUGCGCUGAUGCAUGCGGAACAAGAAUGGCUCACUCCACCUUUAAAACGAAAGACCACCCUAGUGCUUAGCGAAGUCCUACGAAUGGCAAGCGAGAUGCUUCCGCCUCCGAUUAGCGAACAAGUUCAAAUCCUUCCGCAGCUGGUACAGCAAGGCGCGAGAAUGGACGACGAUGACCGAUUCGACUACACCUCAACCAUCUACCAGAUCGAGAGCGUUACGCGGACGAUCUAUCGCUUCGCGCCCUCGGAACAGCACGGGACGCGGCCCACGAGCGCGGGCGAGCCGAACAACGGACCACCCGAGUCGUCAAAGGCGCAUUCGAUGAUGCAGGUCGACGAACCGGGGUUCCGGCAACUCAUACUCGAAACCCAUAUCCUCAGCACCGUGAACUUCACGAAAUGGCGCUGGGACAUCAUUCAGAACAUCAUCGAAGGGCCCCUUCUCAACGCGAAACGACUAGACGAGGCGAUCCGAGCCUCGAAGUUCCUGCAUCGAUUGCAGGGUUUCUACCGCCCCUUCAAGCGGCGGUUCGCCGAUGUGAAGAAUACAAAGCCGAAUCAGCGCUAUGUCCGCGUUGGCGUGGCGUUAAUGCGCACGCUUCUUAAUAACCCCGAAGGAGCGAAAUACCUCGCCGAAAGCAAACUCAUCCGACAGCUCGCGGAAUGUCUCGCGCAAUUCGACCGUAUGUCCGGCAUCAUGGCCGUGAGCCCGAUCUUCACCCCCGAGCGGAUGAAUGAGACGCUUUCCGGCGGCUACUUCUCCAUGCUCGGAGCGCUCAGCCGGGACCCGAAGGGCAUGCUCAUCAUGGAGCGGUGGAAGAUGUUCAACAUGUUCUACCACAUCGUCGAGCUCAAGGGACGAGACGAUCUGAUCAAGACGUUGCUGGGGGGCAUGGACUACACCCUCGAAGGGCAUCUGCGUAUUAUAUUAGGGAAAGCGAUGACCUGUUGCUCGAAAGAUAUUCGGAUCUUUGCGACACGCAUACUGAGGAAAUAUGCGGUCCGCGCUGUCUCCGGUUUGUCAGAUACGGACGCCACGCAGACUGCUGAAUGGGCCAUCCGGCUCCUCGUUACGCAGCUAUACGACCCGUCUAUCGAAGUCUGCGAAGCAGCAGUCAAGAUCCUCGAAGAAUCGUGCAACCUGACAUCAUCCCUUGAGUAUGUCGUCAAGUGCCGACCGGCUCUAGACCACCUUGGCGAGAUCGGUGCGCCGCUUCUACUCCGCUUCCUCAGCUCCAGUGUUGGAUAUCACUAUCUCGAUGGCCUUGACUAUAUAACCCGCGAGAUGGACGAUUGGUUUCUGGGACGAAACGAUACCUAUGUGGCAUUAGUCGAGGCAUCACUUGCAAAGGCGUUCGCCGAGCCGCACGACAAGCCCGGCAGCUCAUCCGCCGCCCAAUAUCCCGGGGUCGGCCACCAUUCGCAUUUCGAUGAGAUGAUGGCCGAGCACCAAGAAUACGGCUUAGUCCCCCCGCAUUUCUACCGCGAGCUCACCCGCACGCACGAAGGCGUCAAGCUCCUCCGCGAGAAAGGCCACUUCGACGAGUUCGCCGCGACCAUCCACGACUUCGGCCGCGAGGACGACGACGCCGAGACGAUCCUCAAGCUCAAAGGCUGCCUCUGGGCAGUCGGCAACGUCGGGUCCAUGGAGCUCGGUGCCCCCUUCCUCGAGACCACCGAUGUCGUCCGCGACGUCGUGCAGAUCGCGGAGAACUCCCUCAUCAUGUCUGUGCGCGGCACCGCGGUGUUCGUGCUCGGGCUGAUCAGCCGGAGCGUGCAUGGGCAGGAGAUCUUGCUGGAGUACGGCUGGGACGGGGCGACGAAUAUGAUGGGCGAGGCUCUAGGGUUUGCGAUCCCGAAGGACCUGCGGAAGUUGUUUAGUGUGCCGGAUUGGACGAGGGAGGCGAAGGCGGAGCAGCGGAUGGCGGCGGCGGCGCCGUUCGAUGCGGCGAAGAUUUUUGUAAGGAGUGGGAGGGGGGAGAAGGAUCCGGUGAAGAAGCGGCUUUUCGCGGCGGCGGAGAAUUUGGGGAACUCGGUGUUGAGCAAAAAGGCGGCAGGGGAGUUGAAUGCCCUAAAAUCCCGCUACCCCGCCUACUUCCGCCGGCCGUCCGUCUUCCGCACCGUCCUCUCCAUCCUCGAAGCUCACCACUUCCGCCUGCACGUCUGCCGCUUCCUCAUCGACCUCUUCGAUAAGGACGUCAUGCGGCAGAUCGUGCUGGAGGAAGAGAGCGACGAAGAAGCGGGAGACCGCGAUGAUGUGGCGCUGGAUAUCGACAGUCCGAUCAGUCCGAUCAAUUCGAUGGAGCGGCGGCCGUGGAGCAAAGGGAGCGAGACGAGACCACGGAGUAAGGGGUCGGGAGGCGAGCAUGCACGACCGUACAGCAGGGGCACGACCGGGGCUAUUGGAGGAGCGCGGGGGUGAGCCGCGAGAGAUGGAACGCGAACGAAGGACAUCUCGCUUCACGGCGUACGGAUCAUUCAAGCUCGGAUGGCGAUGGGCUUGACGAUUCUGAUUGGCGGGCGUUUCCCCACUGGGUUCGGAACCGCCACCCGUUUGCAUGAGCUACGGCGUAUUCAUAUUGCUUUGACUUUUGGGAGUGUCUGGAACUCGGGAUGGGAGUCUGGGCUCGGUUUGGGACCUUGCGACGCGAAGAAGAUUACGGCAACGAACCGGUGGACGGAGCAAGCGAAUCAUGGAUGGGAAGGAUGUUAUUGUAUACUGGGCUCGAUGCUUUGCCAUAUAACUUGAACAAUUCCAAACUAGCCACAUU